ACAUCUCAUUUGUCAUUACGAGAAAAAUAUAAACAAAGGUGAACAGAAUAAUACAAAUCUCUUAGAAACGAGGCAUAAGUGAGGUGCUAAAUACAAACAAUCCAAUGGAAAUGCAUUAACACCGGUUAUUUUUGGCUCAACCAAUUUAAAUUUUUGCCUCAAAAUGUGUUUCACGGUCGAUCAAAUUGAGCAGGCGUGUGGAUUGUUGCUGCUGAACGAGUUCAAUACAUUUGUGUACUGCUGCAAAAAGUGUCAGUGUGACUUUGAUUCCGGUCCCAAUUUGGAGGUGCACAUUUUAUCAGCGCAUCAAGAUGACAAGAGCCACAUUGAAAAUGUCUUUGUGAAUGAUGACAUUUUCAUGGAUGACUUUGAUCGAAAUUCGGAAGAUUCUUCUGAGCUACAAGUGGAAAAAUGUGCAGAAAUGGACGCUGUAUCAUUUGUGCUUGGGCUAAUUGACAUCAAAACUGAAGAAUUGAAAUCGAUGAAUAAAUUCGAUGAAAAAUGUGAGCAACCACGUCAAGAUACAUCCGUCGAAGAAAAGCCGAACGAAGAAAAAGUUGAGAAACGGAAGAGAGGGCGAGAAGGAAGACAAAAAAGAGAAGAAAAAGACGAAGAAGAGCAGGAAGAAGAAGAGGAAGAACAAAACCCUACGGAUGAAGAUUUUGUAUUAGACAACUUCAGUAGCGAAAGCAGCAGUGAAUCUGAUGACUCUUACGGGCCACCUUUUUUUAUCGGGCCACCUCAACCGAUAAAAAAGCGUGCAUAUAAUCGAACGAUAGAUCCAAAUGGCAAAGUGUGGUACUGUGAUAUGUGCCCGAAUGUUCGUUUCAAAUGUAAAGCUAAUUUACAACUGCAUAUGAAGCGUCACAUUGAAAAUCGAUUACGAAAACCGUGUCCAAUAUGUAAGAAAAAGCCGAAGAACUACGAGAGACAUAUGCAAAUGAAUCACACGGUCUCGCAUCCAUACAAAUGUGACUAUGACAAUUGUAACAAGGCUUUUAAAAGCAAUACUAACCUACAUAUUCAUCAACGCUUACAUACUGGUGAAACUCCCUUUUUGUGUCCCCGUUGUGGCAAAGCGUUUACAUCGUUAAAUUCACAACAGAGACAUCACAAACGUGUGCAUUCGGACAAACUGCCGCAUCCGUGCAAAGAAUGUGGACGAACAUUCAUCUGUCCAUCACAACUGCAGGAUCAUAUUCACUCAUUUCAUUCGGGCGCCCGGCCACACGUUUGUGAGACUUGCGGCAAGAGUUAUGCCACCAAAAAGUAUCUACGAACACAUAAACAAUUCCACGGUGAAAAGAGAUGGCAGUGUCGGCAUUGUGAUAAAAAAUUCUAUACAAACGAAACUCGACGAUUUCAUGAGAAAACCAUUCAUAAUGUAGUUUAGAAGGAAAUCUCAUUUUGGGUUGAUUUUUGGCCGGCCAACUUUGAUUAAUACACUUUAUUAAUAGGGAUCAAAGUGUUGAAAUCGAUUGAAAUUGACUUUACAACGAUAUGAAAGAAAUAAAAAUUCAAAAAAAUAUUGAAAUUUUGCAUUUUA